AUGUAUAAUAAUCAAAACUAUCCUUCCUUUCGUGUAACUGGCAUUGUACUUGGUUGUUUAGUACUUUUAUUUACUGCAACAUUGUUGUCAAUAGAGCUCGGACGUCUUUAUUCAGGUUCAAAUAAUCGCGGACGAAAUGAUUCCAAUGAAACAUUUCAAUACUCCAUAUUUCCGGAUACAGUCAUUGGUUAUAAUGGAAAUAUUAUAAAUCCUAAACUAGAGAACCGUUGGAUGUGGCCGUGGUCAACAGCUACGUUACUAUUUAGUUUGCUAUUUUUUACAACAGGCGUAAUUGGUAUCAUAAGUAGUCAAAGGCAAAAUUAUUCAUCUAUUUUAACAUUUUUUAUUUGUUCACUAUUGUCAUUAUGUUUAUUAAUAUUUUUAAUAGCAACAUAUUCAACAAUAAUUGCAGGUUGGAAAAACAUUUAUGGAACAAAUGAGGGAGAUUCAAUAUCAAGUUUUGUGCGCAUCGACAAGAAUUUAUCAAGUGCUUCUUUAGCAGUUUCAUGUGGAUUAUUUAUUAUCUUAUUAACUAGUCUUAUUUUAACUGGUAGAACUAUUAAUGCUUGUACACGAAAAGAAAUUCCUAGAGUGAAUAAUGCAUAUGAACGCGUAAUAGGAUAG